AAACCUUACGCAUGCCAAAUUCCUGGUUGCAUAAAGCGUUACACGGAUCCGAGUUCGCUCCGGAAGCAUAUGCGAACGCACGAACCAAUCAAACGAGACAGCCCUUUCGUCGCAAUCGAUUCUCCUCCCACGAACUCGGACAAAUCGCGCGUAUCACGUGAGGGUACGGUAAACCGAGAAGCCAGAAAGGUGCGGUGUUCCAAGAUCCAACCAUGGCAUCCGACGAUUGCUGACGAACUGUGCAAUUGUACGAGCGGGGACCUACUAUUCCACCGAGAUUACAUCCAUUACACAGUUACAAUGCGAUGAAUGGAUUUGAACACUUACUAGAAAAGUCAAGGGCCAGUCGAGAAGGGCAAAUGCCGACCGCAAAGUGUUUACAAUGGAAGAAAGCGCAACGAAGGCCCCGUAGCUGACUUUCGGAACAAUUGAUGCAUAUGUAACUGAUGUCCCUGAGGACUGGCUCAACAAAAGACCUUUAAGCUGCAGGUGCCGAGGGUUGUAGUUUGACUGCUGGAUCCUGUUAAUGACAGAUGUAAGGUCAAGGUAUUCUGCCAAAGUUGGAAUAGACAAUGUCGAUGGAGUCCCGACUGACUGUGGUUCAGGGGAAGCAAAUGUCGAAGCGUCCGUUUACUUAGAGGACAAUACGCUUCCGUUCUGCAGACUCACUUCCAAUGAACUAAUCUCAUCGCUUAUCCACUGCUCGGCUUC